AUGAGACUUCCUAUUAUCUUCACCUCUGCUCUCGCCAUCGUCACUCGACGAGGCGAGCCCAAGGACACUGGAAGCCUUUCCAAUGACCACCUUCCACUCGACCGUCUCCCCGAGUGCUGGCAGAAGUGCUUCCAAUCCACCAACCACGCCUAUCCCCCUGACGUUAACAAGGUCGGGAUCCGGGACUUUUGCGAGGACAAGCUCUGGCACCUCCGCAUGUGGGAUAUGAACUGGCUCAGCGCCUGUUCGACCUCGGACUGCAACGACGAGGAUAUCAACCUGGGCCAGACCUGGUUCGAGGAUGUGUGCAACGCGCACUAG